UUUGUCUGGCUGCUUUAAAAGUGAGGAGUAAGAAGCACGGUAUCUGUUUGUGAAGAUGAACCGAGAUGAACACAGCAGGAUGCUGACAUGAUCGAUCAGGAAGGAUGAGUUCGAAAACAAAGAGAAAAUCCCGGAGUUCCUUUGGGGCAACCGCCCCACCCUUCAUCGACUACCUAAAAGAUAUUCUUCAUCGAUAUCCAGAUGGUGGACAAAUUUUGAAGGAGCUGAUUCAAAAUGCAGAUGAUGCUGAAGCCACAGAGGUGGUUUUCAUCCACAAUGAAAGAAACUACGGCACUGAGAGCCUUGAGAUCAACGGGUUGGAAAAAUACCAAGGUCCAGCUCUCUAUGCCUACAAUGCAGCAUUCAGUGAAGAUGACUGGAAAGGCAUUCAGGCUACAGGGAGGAGUGUCAAACGCAAUGAUCCUCACAAAGUCGGGAGGUUUGGGAUUGGCUUCAACUCUGUCUAUCACAUAACAGAUGUGCCGAGUAUCUUCAGUUCAGAGUACCUUGGCUUGCUCGACCCUCAGGAACUGUUUGGGAAAGGGAACGGAGGCUUUCAGUGGUCUUUUGCUGAUGCAGAUGACCAAGAAUCUCUGAUGAAAUUGCAUGAUCAAUUCCAACCCUUUCGGGAUAUUGUUUCACUUGUAACCACACAUGAUUGGCCCAAAGUCAUCUUAGAGGAUCAUUACUUUGAUGGAACAAUUUUUAGAUUCCCUUUGCGCAGUGAGGCAUCAGAUGUUUCUGAUAAUCUGUAUGACUCUGAUAAGGUUGCUCAUCUUUUCGAGAGCUUCAUUGCAGAUGCAACACUAAACCUCCUGUUCCUGAAAAAUGUGACUUCCGUGUCCUUAAUGCGGUCCGUUGAUGGCACAGUCAGCAACAAACUUCAAGUGACAUCAUCUGUGUCCACAGAUGUUGGUUUGGAGUUGGGAGAUGAGUCUCUGGUCAAAGGUUCAACAUGCUUCAAAUCAAUAAUCCUCAACUCACAAGACCACAAAAAAACAAAGUGGCUUGUGACAACAUGCUACCUGAAAGAGGGCAUUGUGGAUCAAAUGGAUUCCCUCGCAGAGAAGUUGUGCUUUUUGCCUCAAGUUGACUUGGCUUUCCCUUGUGACGAGAAGAGAGUUUGUGAAAACAGCAGACUGAGCUGCUUUCUCCCACUGCCAAAUAAUGAUUCCAACAAGACGGGGCUUCCAGUUCAUGUCAAUGCCUGUUUUGGCCUCACAGACAACAGAAGAUACAUCAAGUGGCAGGAGGAAGACCAGAAGUAUGAUGAGUAUGCUUUGUGGAAUGAGUUGCUCAUAAAGGAGGUGCUUCCAGAGACAUAUCUGGUCGUCCUUCAAAAUGCCAUCAAAUUGUCCAAAGACUCUGUCUUGCCUGUCACUUCAGUCUAUGACCUGUGGCCAGACCUUGCCCACAUGCAGCACAAAGACAGAUGGCAUACAGUUGCUCUUGAUGUUCUUCAUCUUUUAUUCACAAAGAAGACGGCUGUCCUCUCUCUGGCCAAAGAUGAGAAGUUUGUGACACCAUCAGAAGCAGUGUUUCCCUGCAAUAGUUCAACAAGCCCUCAGAUAAUAGCUGCCAUCAAGAGGAUUUUGAUUUCUUGUGGGGAAAACCUCGUCACCCUCUCAGAUAGGGUUGCAAGAGCUAUAAAAGACACCUAUCCACAUCGCAGCACCCUCAAACAUGUGACUCCAGCAUUCCUAAGGGACAUUCUCCGCAAGAUAGGUGUACAUAACAUCUCCAAAGAGGACAAGCUAUGUUUUUUGGAGUACAUUUUGAGUGACAAAAAAUACACAGAACUGCAUGGACUUCAUCUGCUUCCACUCAGUAAUGGCACUUUCAAAUCGUUCACGGACAGAGAGGAAGACCUCGCUUUGAUCGACAGCAAGGAAUUCCCAAGAAUGUUGCUGCCAUUCUGCAAAAACCUCUUCAUCCCAGAUGACCUCCCUCCAGUCUGCAGUGCUCAUCUGGAAGAACUGUCUAGAAAAGAUUUAUUCAACGUGAUCAACAUUGAUGCACAGCAUGUGGCUGCAUAUGCAAAGGAGUACAUGCCACAGGACUGGAAACAGACAACGAUGCAACAGGUCACCUCGCAGUUUGGCAGCAGCCACCAUCCACCCUUUGUGUGGCUCCAAGAAUUCUGGAAAUUUCUCAACUGUCACUUCAACACGUUAAGUUGUUUCAUUGGCAUGCCGUUAAUACCAGUCCAGCCAUUUGAGAGCGUCAGUGGGUCUGUCUUACUAGCAAGGCUACAAGAGAAUGCAACCCUCAUCUUUCAGAAAAACAAUCAGAUCACCUUGCCAGAUCACAUUGUUCAGCUGGUGAAGAAAGUUGGUGGGACAGUUGUGGAAGGAAAUGCCUGGCUUAAGCAUCAAGACCUGGAGUCUUACGUGAUGUGUCCAUCGCCAAGGAGUGUCUUAAAAGUGUUUGCAAAUUUACAUUAUCAGCAGGUCAAUAGAGAACUCAAGACCACCUCUCACAAAGAACUCGAAGGGCUGAAAAACUAUCUCUCUCAUCUCGAUUCGCUCUCCAGUACUGAGAAAAAUCUCCUCUCAGAGUUACCUCUGUUCCAAAACAUGAAGGGUUUGUGGGUGGCAGCAAAAUCAAAACAGGCUCUACUCUUAAAUUCUGGUUUGAAGGUACCAAGCAAUCUCCCCAUUCAUGAUUCAGUUGUGCAGUGUGUAACCGAGGCUGAUCGGAGGCUCUUACAUAUGCUCAACAUUAAUCUCCUGGACACAGCUCAAGCAGCUAAUCUCCUCAUUGAUUGCAUUGAGAAGAGGACAUGCAGAAAUGAAGACACAGAGAAAAUCAUGAUUUGGAUUUUACAACAUGGUAAUGUCCUUUUCUCUCAAAGUCAGACCUUGAAACAUCGAUGUGAGAACUUGAGUUUCAUUGAAGUGAAUGGUCAACGUAAAAAGGCCUCAAGCUGUUUUGAUCCAAGAAUUAAAACCUUCAAAGUCAUUUUUGAGUCUUACUUGUUCCCUCCAACAAAAUACACCGCGACACCCCCGAUGCUUGAGAGCCUAACAGAUCUUGGGUUAUUAACUAAAGAAAAGGAUGUGUCACCAGAGCAUUUGCUACAUGCUGCCACACUGAUUGACAAACUACAUGUUGAAUCUCCAAAGGAGGCUGUCAGAAGAGCUCAGGAACUUUUGAGAAUACUGGAUGUUCAUGAUCUCCUCUCUAAAUUUUCUCAACAACAGCUGCAUUGUCAAAUGUUGAAAUGGAUGCCAUGUGCUAAACCAGGUAAUGACAAAAAGCACUGCAGCAAGAAAUCUCAGGAUACCAUUUUUUUCUGCCCAGAUGACAUAAGACAUUCCAAGUAUGAGGACAUUGUUGAGUAUGUCAUGCCUCUGAUGGGAAAGCUCAGUGACAGAGUUAGCAACAGACUUGGACUCAACCGUUUGCCUCCACCUGAGAAAGUGGUAGAAAAUUUGUCAGUCUUGACAUCGAGAGCACAAACGAUGCACAAUCCAGAUACCAAUGUGGAUUUCAAAAGGAAGUUGCACAGCAUUUAUAAACACAUGCAAGAACACAUCCAUAAAUUUGCAACAUUGAUGAACAAGAAAACAUGCUGGCUUUGGAACCACAACCACUUUGUUUCACCUCAAGAUCUUGUUGAAGACUAUCCACCCAAUCUAGACCUGAGCUCUCAAAUCGGGAAGGUGCCGAAAGAAUUUCUGCCAUACGGCAAGAUGCUGAGGGAGUUUGGCCUUAGAGUGUCUCUUUCAGAUGAAGAAAUUGUUGGGAUUCUUCAUUCUAUCAAGCAAACCAUUGAAGGGAGGCAACAGCAACUUGCAAGUAGCUCAGAGGUAAAUGUGUCCAUAGAAAUUCUAAACUGGUUGUGGAGACAGAAGAAAAGAGUUCAGGAUGACAUCCCAGUGCCAGUCAUCCUAGAGGAUGGAAAAUGUACCCUCAAACCUCUGUCAACAGCAGUCUUCUGUGACAUAAGUAGAAACGGUUUGGAAAAGAUGAAGUACAGCCAGGAAGAAAUACUAAUUGUACAUGAGGAAAUACCAAAAGCAACAGCUGAAUGGUUGAACAUCCCCCUCCUCAGCACACACAUCCUCGGUCCAGAGUUAGUUGGAAUAGAACAGUGUGGGCAGUCGGAACCAAUAACAACAAGGAUUAAAAACAUCCUGAAAGAGUACGAUGAAGAAAGGGACAUUUUCAAAGAGCUUAUUCAGAAUGCAGAGGAUGCUGGGGCAGACACCUGCAAAUUCUUGGUGGAUUUCAGAGUGCACCAUGAUUCCCCCGAUAGCGUAAUUGACCCCGGCAUGGCCCUUUGCCAGGGGCCCUGUCUUUGGGCUUUUAAUAAUCAGCAAUUCACAGCUGAUGAUUGGAAAAAUAUCACCAGAGUAGGUUCUGCCUCAAAGGAAGACAAGGUGGAAAAGAUUGGAAAGUUUGGACUUGGAUUCAACACUGUGUAUCAUGUGACCGAUGUUCCCUCUAUCCUCAGUGGUACCACCCUCCUGAUAUUCGAUCCAAAUGUAACUCACCUUACAAAGCACAUCAAAAACAAAGGGAAUCCUGGAAUCAAGCUGGACCUCUCUCAGCAACAAGUUCUUGUUUAUUUUCCUGGUCAGUUUGGACCCUAUGAGCACAUUUUCAACUGUAGCUUCAACAGAAAAAGUCCUCCUGAACCCUAUCCAGGCACUCUGAUCAGACUCCCUUUCCGAACUCCAGAAGAGGCUGUCAGCUCGGAAAUAAGCAAAAAGGUCUAUUAUAGGCCUGACAUCAUGGCUUUUCAACAGCACCUCACUAACAAUCCACAAAAUCACCUGCUAUUUCUGAAGUACAUCAACACGGUGUCACUAGAAAACAUCUCAAAUGAUGCACUGACUCCUCCCAGAGAAGACCAAAUACAAACGGUCCUCACUGUGUCCAAAACUAUUGAGAAUACAAUUAAGGUUCCAGAUGAAUCCUUGCUGUCAAAGCAACACCAAGCUAAGAAACUCAUGAAACUUGAUGGAAAAUACAAAGACAUGAUUGACUACAGCACAGUCAGCACAGUCAACAUAACCAGUCAGCAGCAUGGGAAGUCUCAAGACCAGUUAUGGCUUCUUUACAACUGCUUUGGAACACAACAGGCUUUGAAAAUGGCCCUCACAGACAACAAACAAGCUCGUUUCUCCUUGCCCAUUGGUGGGGUUGCUGUGCCUUUUCAGAGACAUAUAGAAACCAGGAAAGCUGACACAAUACAAGCAGAACUUGUGGGGCAGGCAUUUUGCUUCCUUCCGCUUUCGAUUCACACAGGCCUACCAGUCAACGUGAACGGAAUAUUUGCUGUGACGAGUAAUCGGAAGGGUUUAUGGGAGAGUGGAGUGAAACACGAGUGGAACAAAGCUCUUCUUCAGGAUCCUGUAGUGACAGCUUAUGUUACUGUGCUUUCAGUAUUAAAGGAAAUGUCUGAAAAGAAGCAAAUGGAAGGUUACAGCUACCAUAAUUUUUGGCCUGAUAGGCAGAAAGUGAGUCAAAACUUCAAGCCUUUGGUGGAUGCGUUUUACACUGCCAUUGCACAGCAUUCCUUUGCUGCAGAGCUCUUUAGUGAUGGUAACAAGUGGUGCUCAAUGAACAAUGCCAUAUUUUUACAUCAGAGCAUUGAAGAAGAUAGAAAAGUGAGUGAACUGGCAAUGCAGGUGUGUCAAAAACAUUGCAAACCACCCAGCUGUGUUAUUCCACUUCCGCCGUGGCUGAGAAACAGCUUUAAACAGGCUGGUCUGGAAGAGCAUUUACAGAGCAGAACACUGGACUGGCAGAGAUUUUACAGAGACAUAGUCUUUAGUGAUCUUGCCACCAUGGACCCAAAAAGCAGAGAUAUUCUUGUCCUGCAUGCUAUUGACCUUAACAUGAAAGAAAUCGACAGUUUACUGAUGAGCUAUCCAUGCAUCCCUGCAAAGAGUGGACAGCUGCAGUUCAUCAAGAAACUUGUGAAUCCAUCAGGAAAAGCAGCCUGUCUUUUCAAACAGGAAAAGGGACGCUUGCUUGGGGGCACCAAGAAUGACUUUUGCUCUUUAAAAAGGGUUCAUCGAUUGCUAGAACUUGGAAUGGUGAAUGACAAUCUCCCAUUGGAAGACAUCACAGAGAAAGCAGGCGCAACUGCUAAAAUCUUCCAGACUGAUAAAAAGAAAACAUAUGAGCAUGUGAAAUGUCUUCUGGAACUCAUGAAGAGUCACCUGCAUGAUGCAGACUCUUAUCACUGGGAGACACUGAAGAGUACUGCAUUUCUUCCAGCAUUUUGUCCAGAAAGUACACAUUUGGACAGUAUGGUAGCACUCAGAAAGCCCAUUGAUGUAUUCAGUGACAGUUGCUACCUACUUGUAAACAUGACACAGCCUGUGUUAGAUAAUCCAAACUUGAAGAUGCACACUUCUGACCCAGUUCUACAGUUUUUGGGAGUUUGUGACCGUCCAGAGCCUGAAACGGUGCUUAAGCAGCUGCAGGAAGCACAUAAACAAGCUCAAAACAUUGACAAAGCCUUGUUGAACAAACUAGUCAGUGAGUGUUACAGGUUUUUAGAUGAGCUCCUCUGUGAUUCCAGACAUUCCACACUCAUUUGCAAGGCAGCAAAUUCAUUUCCAUUUGUUCUUGUUGGCGACACUUUUGUGGACAUAAAAGAAACAGCAGAAAAUGAGCAGUUUGAAGCAAAACCCUAUCUCCACGUACUCCCUCACACCUUCACUUGUUUUAAAAGACUUUGGGAAUGUGUAGGUGUGGAAAAGAAAUACACAACCAACCAGUUUUUCACUGUGCUCCAGAAACUGUACACACAACACAGAAACAAGCCCCUACCGAAGACUGAUCUCACAAUGUGCCUUACUAUCUUAAAUAUGGGGAUAUUUGAGGCCAAAGAGAAAAUAACAUCAGACUGCCUUAUACCCAAUCAACAUGGUGUUUUGCAACCUGCAAGCAAACUCUUCUACAAUGACAGCCCAUGGAUGCCAGUCAGUUCGGGGGUCACAUUAUGUCACGAGAAGAUCUCACGUGUUGUGGCUCAUUAUUUUGGGAUCAAAACCACCAGGCAUCAUACUUUGGAAAACCACACCAUUCCAAACAAUUCCCCAUUUGUGUUUCACUUCCAACAACAGGAGCAACUAACCGUUCGGCUCAAAAACAUAAUUUCAGCCUAUCCAGCCAAGAAGGACAUCCUUAAAGAGCUUCUCCAAAAUGCAGAUGAUGCAGAAGCAACAGAAGUUCACUUUGUUUGGGAUAAACGAAAACACGGGACAGAAAAAACAUUUGGAAAGAAGUGGAACCACCUUCAAGGUCCAGCGCUGUGUGUGUACAACAACAGAGUGUUUUCUGAUGCUGAUCUCAUUGGUAUUCAACAGCUGGGAGAAGGGGGAAAGCACAACUCUCCAGGAAAAAUAGGGAAAUAUGGAGUAGGCUUCAACUCAGUCUACCAUCUGACUGACUGCCCUUCAAUCUUGACUGGAGAUGAAUUACUCUGUAUUUCUGAUCCCAAUCAAAAAUACAUAGAUGAUUCAGGCAAAUCGCCAGCUGGUAUUGGCUAUAACCUGGCUCCUAUUUUUAAGGAGAUGUACAAAGAUGUCUAUGACACGUUCCUUCCAGAGGACUUCCCCCUUAAAGAGGGAACCAUGUUCAGACUGCCGUUGAGAAUGGGAACUAUGGCAGAUAGCUCAAAAAUAUCAAAGCAAGGAGUCACCGACCAUGACAUGAAGGAGCUGUGCUCGGCUCUGUCUGAAGACCCAGAAGGACUAAUUCUGUUUCUGAAAAACAUCAACAAAAUAGAAGUCCACACAAUCGAUGCUCAUACAAGGAAACGUACAACCAUGUUUAUGGUUAAAAAGAACCUAGCAGAGGCAAGCAAAGACAACAAAGCUACAUUUCGAGAGCAUUUACAAAAUGCUCUACAAUUUGGCAAAGUAGUAACUCCACACAAGGCUAUUUAUGAAAUCAAAAUUUCAUCCUCAGAUAAAAGACAAAGUAACUGGAUCAUUGCCGAGCAGUUUGGCUCAUUUAAGAACAGUGGUGAAAAUCAACCAGAGCACCUUCCCCAAGCAGCAGUGGCCGCACGUUGGCCCACUAAACAAAUCAGCGACUUUAAAGGAGAGGCCUUUUGCUCACUUCCUCUGCCAGGAAAAACAGGCCUUCCUGUGCAUGUCAAUGGAAACUUUGAGGUAGAUUCUGCCAGGAGAAGCCUUUGGAAAGAAGAUGGUCAAAAUAUGAAAUCUAACUGGAAUGAAUCUUUGAAGCAGAACGCCAUAGCUCCACUGUAUGCAGAGCUCCUUCAUUACAUCAGAUGCAGAAAUGUAAUGCUGAAAGUCUCCUUUUCACAACUUGAAUCAUGUUUUGAUCGUUCCUAUUUGUGUUUUUUCCCCAUUGUGGAAAAAGAUGUUCCUCCGGAAUGGCAUGAAAUGAUACAUGAGGUCUACAGAUCGCUCAGCGAAAGAGCUCUGAAUGUCAUUCCAGUCAUGAAGAAGUCAACACGUAAAAUUGCAGAUAGAGAAAUUAAAGAGUACAGCUUUGACUGGUGUAAUGUUGCAGAAACAGAAUCAACUAAAGUGCCACACUUGAUGGACUCAGUAUUUCAUCAUAUUGUUGACAUUUUGGAAGAUCUUGGGAUGAGAUUAGUUCCUCAGUCUCCAAAAAUGAUUAAAAUUUGGACCAGUUUCAAAAGUGUGGGUGUUGAAGUGAAGCACGUGUGUCCAGAGACUGUGCAAAAAUUUCUGAGAGAAAAACCACUCAAUGACUCAACCCAAACAAACACGGGGUUACCGCUGCCCAUACACGCCACUCUGAUCAGGAAUGCAGAAAGAUGUUCAGAGCUUUUGAAGUUCUGCUUGGCAAAUUUAGCCAAGAAAAGCCCUACCACUGUUGAUCCCAGUGCACUAAAUGGGCUCCCUCUUCUUCUGACUAAAGAUGACGUUCUAAGAGUGUUCAAUUCCAACUUCCCCAAACUGAUAUCAAGAUAUGACAGUCUGUUCAUUGGUUAUGAGGAGGAAUUUGCCAGAUAUGAGACAAACGGCAGCCAUGUGGCUGUUCUACAAGCAUGCCACCUUGUCAACACUGUGACACUUCCUGUUGCUAAAAAGUAUUUGAAGCCAGUCCUUCAGAUUUUUCUUCAAGACUGUGAAGUUGAUCCACGUAGUGGUCUUCAUGUCCCCAACAAGCCAGUAACAGACUGGCUGAAAUUAUUUUGGAGGUUCUUGACAAAUGAAUCCAAAAGUGGAGAUGAUCAUGAACUGAUACAUGAUAAUGUCAUUAAGCUGUUUGGUGACUUUUGCGCCCUGCCUGUUGUGUCACCACGGCUAGAUAACAAGCACUUCCUGCAAACAAUAAGGGCUGUACCAAGUGUGAUUCCCUUUCCAUCAAGUGACAUAUCAAAAAUUCUCUUUACUGGAUUUAUGACACGUGACAAUUUGUUCUUCAGUGAUAUAACCAGCGCGGUAUAUCCUGUUUUACAUCACAAACUUAUGAAUGUAGAAGAUAGACGUUCUGUGAUGGACCAACUCUGUAACAUCGAUCGCUCAGAGUUUUCCCACCUUUCCUAUGCUGACAUGAAAAAGCUUCAGUGCUUCCUACAGUCUGAAGUGCCCAAUAAUUACGAUUAUCAGCAAAAGCUCAAAUCCUUACCGUUGUUUGAAACAAUACAGGAUGAGCAAGUGAGGAUUGAUGGCCCUAAAGAAGUAUUUGUUCUCAUAUUGGGAACACUGACGAUGUUUCCAGAUUUGUUCAUGCUGCCGGACACCAACAGCAUUUUCCUCAAAUACAGUCUUGAGAAUGAGAUUCUUUCGCAAGUCCUGAACAUCACCAUCCUAACAGACUUGGACUAUUUCUGCCGCUUCAUCCUGCCCAUCAUGCACAAACUCACAGAGGCACAGCUGCUUCACUGCAUGAAACUCUUACUGUCGCUACAGUUCAACGACAAAUAUCAAAAGUAUCAGAACAAAAUCAUCUCCUCAAUGAAAGGAGUGAAACUGAUUUGCAGCGCUGAAGGCAGAAUGGAGCAGGCAUCAUACUACUAUGAUGACUCUGUUCAUUUAUACAAGAUUAUGCUGCCAAAGGAAAAGUUUGUGCCUCAAACAUUUUGGACUGAGGUGUGCAACAAAAACUCAACAUUGUUGAGACAAGCAAGAGACUUUCUUAAAGAACUUGGAAUGAAGCACAAUGUGACCAACGAUGACAUCAUUAGUUUUGCUUACCAGUUAGAGUCAGAAGCAGACGGAAGCUGUAGACUUGACGAAUUAAAACGGAAAUCGUCGUUGCUAUUGACAACAGCCCUGAGAAAUGCAAGUGAUGACCAAAAGCAGGACAAGACAUUGUUGGAGAGCAUAGCUGACAUCAGAUUCAUUUUUCCUGUGAAAAUUCGGGCAGAACUGUGCAGCUAUCACAAGCCAUUUGCUGCUGAGACAACUGCUGUAAGCAUCAGAGGUUCUCUGAUUGACAGCGAUCCUAAGCACCAAGACCUGAUUUGGUCAUCAAUGCCAAUUAUAGAGCUGCCAUUGUAUAGGUCGCAGAAAUACGUGGAAAUUAUGAAAAAUGCAGGAGCUCUUGAGCAACCCCCUCCGCACUGUGUAACCACUAACAUGAGCAACAUCUGUCAGAGGCCUUGUAUAAAUGAGGACGUGAUCAAAACCAGAGCAAAAGUGUUCCGGAGUUCUUAUGCCUACCUGCAGACAAACAAAUUUGAAGGCCAGCCGUUGACCGGACUCCCUGUUGUGCUGGUUGAAAAAGAUACCAAACUGGUGACAGCAGAAGAGACAUCACUCACACUCUCCAAUGACCUCGAUUUCAGGCCCUAUCUGUACAAGAUAACUGGAGCGGAUGCCAUGUACGCUGACUUUUUCAAGAAAAUCGGUGUUCAGCCAGAACCCACAGCAGUGCAGUACUGUAAUGUUCUGGCAGGAGUUUAUGCCGAUUCUGUUGAUAAAACCCAACUGCACAAUAACCAAAUCACCACUGUAAAGCGUGCUGUUGGCCAGCUGUUAGAGUUGAUCCAAAAUAAGCAAAAACAGCCCCUUCUUGAAGAUGUCCAAACAUUGUAUCUUCCCUCAGUAGAUGGCAGAUUACACCCAUCAUGCGCACUGUAUUUCAACGACACAGUGUUUGAGGCUAGAAGGUUAGAAGCUGCACUGGAGAACACGUUCCCGUUGCUUGAGAAACUCAGUGCAUGCCAUCUGGGCAGUGACGUUUAUGAGCAUCAUCGGCUGCUGCAAGUCCUACCUCAGAAACUUCAACCCAAAAUGCUGUCCCUGUUUAUGACAGAGAAAAUGGUGGAAAUGCACAUGCAACUGUGUGAGUAUGGAGUCCACUGCGAAUUCAGUGGGUGGUUUGACAAACAUUUGUCCUCUGCAGCCUUUCGGCAUGGACUAAUCUGUCUCAUCAGACAGCAUUCUGAGGGAGAGAUAACUCAAGCAGAUGCCAAUGACAUGUGCCAGAAUGCCUUUGGCAGUAUUCAGAUUAUCUGCUGCAAAAGCCUUGAAACAGAGCUUUGGUUUGAAAAACAGCCUCUACACAAUACCGCUGCUGAAACGGACGUUUUUAUCAGUAGAGAACAACAAGGCUGCAUUUUAUAUUUAAAACACGGUGACAACACUGCUCUUAAGGUCGUAAAUGAAGUCAAUAUGACUCUGACAAAGGAAAUUAAUGCCCUUUUAGGUAACAGGGUCGCAGCGAUUCACCUGCCCGUCCUUGGACAACUUCUCAUGUGCGACACUUUGGAAGAUGUUCAGAAAACGCUGGCUAAGAAUGAGAUCCGCGACACAGCUGAAACAGAUAGCUGUCUUCUCAAUACACCAGCACCUGGGACAGAUAUUCCUGAAGAAUGGUAUGAUGCCCUGGACAUGAACGUCCUCAAUAAUUUUGAGGAGGGGGAGUAUGUUGGCUACAACAUCAAUGGAACAUAUAUUUAUGCAGUCAUUGUUGAAGAACUGCCUGGGCAUGCUGGUUGGUAUUCACAAAGAUAUAAAAUUGAUGUAGGACAAGAUGACUCGGUUGAAGUCAGUUCCCUUGACCUUUACCAGUUUAAACAAGAGAGAAAAACUUUUGGCUGGAGCAUGGAUGGAGCAUCAAUGCAGCAUGGAUCUGGUGGAGCAUCCUGCAUGAGCUUGGAACCACUAGCUGGAUCUGUGCCGCAUUUUGCCCAAACAUCGCCUACACGAUCCUCAUCUGCGAGAUCCACACCAGUGUCUCUGGAGGAAGCCAAAAAAGAAAUCGAUGAGUGUUUGGCAGAGAUCUGGAAGCUUCCCGUGGAGGAUAGGACAAAAGCAAUCAAGAGAUUAUUCCUUAGGUGGCAUCCUGACAAAAACCUUGACUGUGAAGAGCUUUACAAUGAGGCCUUCAAAUAUUUGCAGAACAGAAUCAAUGAGCUCACGAAAGGUAGAAGUCCACAAUCAGGCUUUUCAAGGGAAUACCCAGAUUUCACAAAUUUCUUUUACCAGUGGAAUCAGGAGGCCAGGGGCCACAAAAGAAGUCGAGAGAGGUUCUAUCAAGACAGGUUCUAUAGAAACCAUCAUUCCUAUAACUUUUGGACCCAUUAUAGAAAUGUUCCAAGGCCAAACAAAUCAGAGGCCCAACGCUGGUGUAGGCAGGCCCGCUGCGACCUCAAUGCAGCUUCCAGUGACACGGGUGUUGGCAACACGGAGUGGUGUCUCUUCAUCCACCAAGCAGUAGAAAAAUCCCUCGUAGCUGCCGAAUAUAAGCGAAGAGGUGAGCGCCCAUCAGGCUGUUCCAUCUCAGUCAUUGCCCAACAAGUUUCCUUCUACAACGAGAAGCUUCAUGUUCUGCCUCAAAUUGUGGAAGAUCUGGUAGCGCUGGGAGUAGAUGCUAAAAAGACUCAAUAUCCCAACUGCCACCCGUUUCCCCACAUUCCAAAUGGACAGUUCAAAUUGGCAAAUGAAAAGCAAGCACGGGAUAAGGCGUCAGAGCUUCUCAAGUUAAUUGAAGAAUAUGUCAAUUAAGAAUUCCCGAUUUUUAAAACGUGUUUGACAGACACGACAAUUUAACGUUGUUGAAGUGUUGUUGAUCAUACGAGGGCUGUCAAUAAAGUAACGGUCCUUUUUAUUUUUUUCAAAAACUAUAUGGAUUUCAUUCAUAUGUUUUUACGUCAGACAUGCU